CGUCCACCCGCCAGGCUUGGGGGUCAGAACUGGGGGGGCUAGGGCCCCCCAAACUCGGAUCGGAUCCAGCCUGAGCAAGGCGGCGCCAUGGAGUUCCGAGCGCUGCUCUGUUGGGCUUCCCUCGCCGCCGCCUUAGAAGAGACCCUCCUGAAUACAAAAUUGGAAACUGCCGACCUGAAGUGGGUGACCUUCCCUCAGGCAGAUGGGCAGUGGGAGGAGCUGAGUGGCCUGGAUGAGGAGCAACACAGCGUGCGCACUUACGAGGUGUGUGACCUGCAGCGCACCCCGGGCACGGCCCACUGGCUGCGCACAGGCUGGGUUCCUCGCCGUGGCGCUGUGCAUGUGUACGCCACACUACGUUUUACCAUGCUGGAGUGCUUGUCACUUCCCCGGGCUGGCCGCUCCUGCAAGGAGACCUUCACCGUCUUCUACUAUGAGAGCGACGCCGACACUGCCACAGCCCUCACGCCAGCCUGGAUGGAGAACCCCUACAUCAAGGUAGACACAGUGGCCGCAGAGCACUUGACCCGGAAGCGUCCUGGGACCAAGGGCACGGGGAAGGUGAACAUCAAGACGCUGCGUCUGGGCCCGCUCAGCAAGGCCGGCUUCUACCUGGCCUUCCAGGACCAGGGCGCCUGCAUGGCCCUGCUCUCCCUGCAUCUCUUCUACAAGAAGUGUGCACAGCUCACCUUGAACCUUACCUACUUCCCAGAGACUGUGCCCCGCGAACUCGUGGUGCCUGUGGCCGGGAUCUGCGUGGCGGACGCUGUCCCUGCCUCUGGCCCCAACCCUAGCCUGUACUGCCGGGAGGAUGGCCAGUGGGCCGAGCAGCCUGUCACAGGUUGCAGAUGUGGUCCAGGCUUUGAGGCCGCUGAGGGGAACACCAAAUGCAGAGCCUGCGGCCAGGGAACCUUCAAGGCCUUGUCGGGGGAGGGCUCCUGCCAGCCAUGCCCACCCAACAGUCACUCCAACACCAUCGGGUCCACUAUGUGCCAGUGUCGCAUUGGGUACUACCGGGCCCGUGCAGAUCCCCAAAGUGCACCCUGCACGACUCUGCCCUCUGCCCCGCGGAGUGUGGUUCCCCGCCUGAAUGGCUCGGCAUUGCACCUGGAGUGGAGUGCCCCCCUUGAGUCGGGCGGCCGAAAUGACCUCACCUAUGCCAUCCGCUGUCGAGAGUGCCGCCCUGGGGGCUCCUGCACGCCCUGUGGGGGAGACCUGACCUUUGACCCUGGCCCCCGAGAUCUGGUGGAGCCCAGGGUGGUAGUGCGGGGGCUGCGUCCCGACUUUACCUACACCUUUGAGGUCACUGCCUUGAACGGGGUGUCUUCCUUGGCCAGCGGGCCAGUCCCAUUUGAGGUCGUCAAUGUCACCACCGACCGGGAAGUGCCUCCCGCUGUGUCUGACAUCCGGGUGACCCGCUCCUCACCAAGCAGCCUAAGCCUGGCCUGGGCAGUUCCCCGGGCGCCCAGCGGGGCAGUGCUGGACUAUGAGGUCAAGUACCACGAGAAGGGUGCAGAGGGCCCUAGCAGCGUGAGGUUCCUGAAGACGUCAGAAAAUCGGGCUGAGCUGCGGGGGUUGAAGCGCGGGGCCAGCUACCUGGUGCAGGUGCGGGCGCGAUCCGAAGCUGGCUAUGGGCCCUUCGGCCAGGAGCACCACAGCCAGACCCAGCUGGAUGAGGGUGACAGCUGGCGGGAGCAGCUGGCUCUGAUCACUGGCACAGCAGUCAUGGGAGUGGUGCUGGUGCUGGUAGUCGUGGUCAUCGCCAUCCUCUGCCUCAGGAAGCAGAGCAGUGGGAGAGACGUGGAGUACUCGGACAAACAUGGACAGUAUCUCAUCGGGCAUGGUACGAAGGUCUACAUUGACCCCUUCACUUACGAAGACCCCAAUGAGGCUGUGAGGGAGUUUGCCAAAGAGAUCGACGUCUCCUAUGUCAAGAUUGAAGAGGUGAUUGGUGCAGGGGAGUUUGGAGAGGUGUGCAGGGGACGGCUCAAGGCCCCUGGGAAGAAGGAGAGCUGCGUGGCCAUCAAGACCCUCAAAGGUGGCUACACGGAGCGCCAGCGGCGGGAGUUCCUAAGCGAAGCCUCCAUCAUGGGCCAGUUUGAACACCCCAACAUCAUCCGCCUGGAGGGUGUGGUCACCAACAGCGUGCCUGUCAUGAUCCUCACUGAGUUCAUGGAGAAUGGCGCCCUGGACUCCUUCCUGCGGCUGAACGAUGGGCAGUUCACGGUCAUCCAGCUGGUGGGCAUGUUACGGGGCAUCGCCUCGGGCAUGCGGUACCUGGCAGAGAUGAGCUACGUCCACCGGGACCUGGCCGCCCGCAAUAUCCUGGUCAACAGCAACCUGGUGUGCAAGGUCUCUGACUUUGGCCUCUCACGUUUCCUGGAAGAGAACUCGUCUGAUCCCACCUACACGAGCUCCCUGGGUGGGAAGAUUCCCAUUAGAUGGACGGCCCCCGAAGCCAUUGCCUUCCGCAAGUUCACUUCAGCCAGCGAUGCCUGGAGCUACGGGAUUGUCAUGUGGGAGGUGAUGUCCUUCGGGGAACGGCCAUAUUGGGACAUGAGCAAUCAAGAUGUGAUCAAUGCCAUCGAACAGGACUACCGACUGCCCCCACCCCCAGACUGCCCCACUUCCCUGCACCAGCUCAUGCUGGACUGUUGGCAGAAGGACCGCAAUGCCCGGCCCCGCUUCCCCCAGGUGGUCAGUGCCCUGGACAAGAUGAUCCGGAACCCAGCCAGCCUCAAAAUUGUGGCCAGAGAGAACGGCGGCGCCUCCCACCCACUCCUGGACCAGCGGCAGCCUCACUACUCAGCCUUCGGCUCAGUGGGCGAGUGGCUUCGAGCCAUCAAGAUGGGAAGAUACGAGGAAAGUUUUGCAGCUGCUGGGUUCGGCUCCUUCGAGCUGGUCAGCCAGAUCUCCGCAGAGUAA